UUUCCAAAGUCGGAAGAGUGAUGAAGCUGCGGAAAACGACGAAGGCGAGCGUGAAAGCCACAAACAGACUCACUCAGCCGUUCACACACUCUCUCUCUCUCUCUCUUUCUCUUUCUCUCUUCACAGUUCCCAAAACAUUUCGAAAAUGCAAACCCUAACGCUCCUCGUCGUGGCUCUAACCAUCGCCGGACGAGGUUUCAACAGAGCGGCAGCCUUGGGAGGAAACACCAACAAUGUCUACUCGCCUUGCUCCGACACCAGAAUCCAGAGAUCCGAUGGAUUCACCUUCGGAAUCGCGUUCUCUUCGCGUGCUUCUUUCUUCCUGAACCAGACGGUUCUUCUCUCUCCAUGCGACCGUCGACUAACCCUGGCCGCCAUGAACUCUCAGCUCUCUAUCUUCCGUCCUAAGAUCGACGAGAUCUCUCUGCUCUCCAUCAACACCUCUGCCUUCUUCCCGGACAACUAUGGUGGAUAUAUGGUGGCUUUCGCUGGUCGGAAAUAUGCAGCUAGGUCUCCUCCGGCUUUUAUUGCUAACUCCACCUACACCGUUACCAGUUUUACUUUGGUGAUGGAGUUUCAGAAAGGUAGGCUUCAAAACCUCUUCUGGAAGAGAGACGGGUGUGCGUCCUGCAAGGGGAACUCCAACUUUGUGUGCCUCAACAAGCAAGAUUGUGCUAUCAGAACACCCAGCUGCAAAGGCCGAGGAGGCACUGUGGACUGCAGUCUCGGUAUCCAGCUUGCGUUUUCCGGGACUGACAAACACUUGGCGGUUCUUAACUCGUGGUAUGAAGUCGAGAACAUGAAGCAAUAUUCUCUUUACGGUCUCUAUUCCAACCUCAAGAGCUCUCUUACCAGUCAGUUCAACAAUUUCUUCUAAACCUUCCUUUUUUUUUCUUUUUAACAAGCUGUAUGGAAUGUAAAACCAAAUUUGCAGAAAUGGUUAUGGUAUGACCCGUAAUGUCCUUAUUCAAGUCAAUUCUUGUUUGGCUCAACCA